AGUCCAUUUCUAUCAGAAUUCAGUUUCCCCAUUCAUCGGCCAUUUCUUAGGGGCAUUCCAUAGUUCCAGUUUCACGUCCCGACAGAACAACAAAAGCUGCGCACUUUCCAAGCGGAACCCAAAAAAGUAGCUGGAACAUAGAGACAGAUACUCACGUUCUCAAGUUUGGAAUUUGGAGCAGUUAUCUACGAUGACUUUGCGCACUAUAAACUGUUGGAGGAGCACAACAAACCACGUCUCUGCAACCCUCUUACCUUGUCGAAGUUCUACCUUCAGUGGUGGGGAGCUCCUUCAUCUUUAUGGUGUGCAAAAGGUUCUACCUUCUAAAUUGUUCAGGGGUUUUAGACUAAACACAAGGGCUUUUGCUAGUCGGAAUUCGGUAAGGAAAUCGAGAAGAGAUGAUGUACAACCACCAAAGAGUGAAGCAGAUAAUACUCCCACAAAUGUUCAAGUUGACAGCAUGGUUUCCUCUUUUGAAAAUUCAGCUGCACAGAAUUCUUCAACAAUUCCUUCCAGGAGUACUGUGCUUCAGGCAUGCACUGUCACUUCAGGAUUAAUAGCAGCUCUGGGUAUUAUAAUUCGGCAGGUAUCUCAUGUUGCAUCAUUGGAAGGAUUGCCAAUCCUUGACUGUUCUACAGAAGUGUCAUUUGGUUUUGAGAUGUGGCAUCUUGAGUUGGUUACUGGAUUAGUUGUACUCGUAUCAUCGUGCAGAUAUCUACUACUGAAAACGUGGCCAGAUUUUGCUGAGUCUAGUGAAGCAGCUAAUCAGCAGGUCCUUUCUUCACUUCUGCUUUUGGAUUACAUAAUCGUUGCAUUUCUUCCCGGUAUUAGUGAGGAACUGCUUUUCCGCGGUGCACUUCUACCACUUUUGGGAUUCGAUUGGAAGAGUAUCUUGCUGGUUGCUGCAGUUUUUGGUGUUCUACACUUGGGCAGUGGUCGAAAGUACUCCUUUGCAGUCUGGGCAUCUUUUGUUGGACUUGUAUAUGGUUAUGCCACGAUUGUGUCUUCCAGCGUCAUCGUUCCAAUGGCUUCUCAUGCAGUGAACAAUCUGAUUGGCGGAAUUUUGUGGAGAUACACAUCAAACACAUCUGAGAAAUCAUGAGACAAAUCCCAUCUGAUUUACACUACAUUGGAUAAGCAUAUCCAAAGCUGGUCAAGAUGCAUUCCUGUGUAGUGUGGUGUAAAUAUGUGGUACACAUUGAAAUUUUUACCAAUGGACUUGUCUUGUAUAUGUAAAUUCAUGCACAACCAUCUUAGUCUAAAAUGCGUGUUGUAAUGCAACAAAUAUCAAAUCAUUUAAGCCAAUGUUAAAGCACUAACCUAACUUAAAUCA